AUGGGAACUUUUAGAGGUUUUAAAGGAUCACUCAGUGAAGUAGGAAUCAAAGGACUUUUUAACAACGAUGGUCGGGGUAGCUUGGGUAAGGGAGGGGGUAGAAGUGGUAUUAGUGGUAUGGGUGGUAUAAUAGGAGGUAAUGGUAGAAGAGGUAAAAGUGGUAACUUUGGUAUUAAAGGAGGUAGAAUAGGUGGAAGGACUGGUAGUACUUUAGGUAAUUUUAGUGGAGAAAUUGCUGAGAGUAGUGUAGAAGGGGAAACUAAUUGGUCUAAUAAAGGCGGAGGCUUUGCCGGUUUAGGAAGUGACAGAGGGGGAAAAGGCGGCUUGUUCUUGUUGUUUAUAUUGAUCACUAAUGGUGCAUGGUUACUGAAGCCCGCAUUAGCUAAGAAAACUUUAGAACUGGAGAAGAAAGAGUGUGACUUACUUUCACCACCUGGCACUAUUGUUCUGUUACCAGCUGGAGCGCCUCCACCACCUCCGGCGCUGCCCCCACCCUUACUUCUACCGCCACCACCAGCGUUCUUACCCCCUCCACCAAUAUACCUGCCAUCUCCGGCUCCACCGUUUAUUUUGCCACCACCUCCCAUUGUCCCAUCGCUGCCGUGUAACGCACCUCAGCCAGCGCCGAUAUAUUUACCAGCGCCUCCUUCACCAAUAGUAUUACCACCACCACCACCGCCACCAUUAAUAUUACCAUCGCCGCCACCACCGCCGGUUGUAUUACCGGCACCACAGCCACAAUUAGUUUUACCAGCGCCGGUACCUCCACCACCAGUUUACCUUCCAGCACCACCCCCUCCGCCUGUAUAUCUUCCUCCUCCACCUCCGCCACCAAUAUAUCUACCCCCUCCACCUCCACCACCAGUAAUUCUACCCCCUCCACCUCCGCCACCAGUAAUUCUUCCCCCUCCUUCCCCACCAGUAUGUCUACCCUCUCCCCAAUCGCCAGUUUAUCUACCACCUCCACCUACAUAUCAACCUACCCUCUUACCCCCUCCAUCUUUACCACCUGCGUUGCCGCCGUCACCUAUAGUGAUAUCCGUCGUUCCACCUGCAUCACCGCCGCCGUCAUAUUCUCUACCCCCACCGUACUCAAGUGUACCCCCGCCAUACUCAAGUGCACCCCCACCAUACUCAAGUGUACCCCCACCAUACUCAAAUUUACCCCCGCGUGCUCCACCCUCGGUGCCGAUGAACGCGUACGUAAUACCACCACCAAUCCCAUGUACUAUAGAACCUAAACCAAUUUUUGAAUCCAAUUCUAUGUUGUCCAAUGUAACAAGCGUUUCCUUCCAUGACGUUUAUAUCCAUCCAGGGAAUAGUGUUUCUAUUCAUGCAUGGGCUCGUUGGUCUCCCGAUAAAGGACUUGUCGUAUACCACGAUUGGGAAAGAAUUCUGAGGAGGAGAAAUUUACGCAAAUAUCCAUUGAGAAUCACCGCUCCGUUAUCUCGUUAUUCAAAAGAAAUAUACAAGGGCGAGUUUUCUGAAUAUUUGGUAGACUGGACGGCACCAGACUUUGGUCUUCGCUGUGGAUAUGGUGCUGCUUCACUGCUCAUCGAAUACCUUAAUGCCACCGAAGUGAUAAUACCCACUAUGUUGUGGAUUUCUGAAGAGAAUAAUAGCAGUAUGAUACUUAUGCUGGAGGCUGGAACAGCGGACCUGAGUGCUGGCAUACUGCGAGUCAUGCAGAGUCGUUUAGACAGAAUCGACUAUGUCAUGCCAAUAUGGAUGUUCAGGAGAAGCAGUUCAAUUUGCCCGUAG